AUGCCGAGUUCAGGAUAUGGUCAGUUUCUCAAAGGUCAAAUACGUACGCCUCCCAUGCCAGAAGUGGAUUUGACAGGACGAACCAUCCUCGUUACUGGUGCCAAUUCCGGCUUGGGCCUCGACGCUGCAAAGCUGUUGAUUCGAUUGAACUGCAGCACAAUUGUCCUUGCUUGUCGCAGUAUAGCGAAAGCAGAGGCUACUCAGGAUGUCCUAAGAACGGUGUCAAGUCGAAAUGGCAAAACUCCAACGUUGAUCUCGUUUGAACUCGAGAUGACAAGCUUUUCGAGCGUCGCCUCAUUUGCCAACCGAUGCAAAGAACUACCGCGCCUGGAUGCCGCAAUUCUCAAUGCAGGGAUCGACGUGCUUGAGUUUAGGUUGGCUGAAGGAUAUGAAUCUACUAUCACUGUGAAUGUGAUCUCGACAUUCCUUUUGGCCACCCUCCUGGUGCCAACUUUGCGGACCAGUGCCAAAAAGUACAAUAUCACACCCAACCUUACCAUUACUGGCUCAGCAGUGCAUUUCUGGACAGAGCCAAAGCUCCUUACAACACCCAAAACUGGCCAGAUUUUCCACUCAAUAUCCAAUCAACAGACUGCCGAUAUGAAGGGACGCUAUUUCUUCAGCAAAUUACCAGUGAUGCUACUCGUCAAGUAUCUUGCCUCGGUAUUGGAGAAGUCUGCUGUGCAAGGCCAUGACAACAAGCCGCCUGUGACUUUGAACAAUGUGGCGCCCGGACUUUGCGUGACAAAUCUCCUCCGAGACUUCAGUAUGGCCGAGAAAAUGGUAGUAAGGAUGAUUGGACGGUCCAGUGAACAUGGAGCCAGGACACUCGUACAUGGCGCCACAGCGGGCCCUGAGACCCACGGCCAAUAUCUAAGCGAGUGCGAAAUCAAGGAUGCAAGUCCGUUUGUGAGAAGCACAGAAGGCGACCAGACUGCAGAGAGGCUUUGGUUAGAGCUUGUUGACAUCUAUGAAAAGGUCAGCCCAGGGUGUACCAAAGAAUGGUGA